UCGAGGACUCCAGACGGCGACAUGGCACGAUGUAUAGCCAUUUCAUAUUUAAGAUUCUCCAUGGUCGUGUGUCACACUACUGCUUGGGGUUGAUUCUGAGCGAGCACACCAGGAUGAGGGAGUUGGGUGAUGAAGUGGCUAUUCGGUGCGGAUGUGCUAUAUCGGUGACUCAUGGACUACCUUGUGCAUGCACCAUUCACCGCGUAAUUACGCAAGAUAGGGCGUCGUUACAUGUUGAUCAGGUUCAUCCAUUCUGGCGGACGCUCGUUAUCGGAGAGCAUGCUGUUCCACAGACAGUCAACCGUGAACAGGAGGAGUUGGAGCAGUUUCGUUCGAUGUUUGACCAAGUGUCCUCCAGCCACCCUUCAGUCAUUCGUAGUGCUACCCACGUACUUCAUGACAUGUUCAACUCGUCGUGCUUGGAUCAUGAGGAACCUGAGGGGGUCGAGCGACCACGGGGCCGACAACCACGGCGGGAAAGGAGUGCGUUUGAGUACAUUCGUGGUCGUGGUCGUGGUCGUGGCCGUGGUCGUACAUCGUCAUCAAGUGGUAGUCAAACAUCUUCGUCGGUGAAUAUGCCCGGCACCGGCAGAAUGGACAUUGAACAUUUUCCAUAUAAAGACAGGAUCCCUAACAUCAUGAUGCCGUUCCUGGACGGGUGGAAUGAUGUGGUUGCAGAUGGUAACUGUGGAUUUCGGGUUGUGGCUGAUGUGUUUCAGAUGGGUGAAGACAACUACGGUUUAGUGCGUCAGUUGAUGUACAGUGAAAUCGCCUCAAACCGAGCUGUUUAUCGCCACGUGUACGGACAGGACUUGGAUAGGUCUCUGCAGCGUAUCCGGUGGGGAGGAGGACGUUGCGGUCAAAAUCAUUGGUUCGACGCGCCCCUUGAUCUCUUCGCCGUUGCAAACAUCUACAAGUGUGCAGUGAUGCAUUUCGGCCUUGGUUUGCAUGGUCGAGCUUACUAUCCGUGUACCACGGUUCUGCCUUGGUGUUCGCGUGAGACCGUCACCAGACCGGUAAGAGAGGUUGCUAUUGGAUUUCUGGGGCCGUCAUACAGACAUUUCAUCCGACUGGACCUGUCACCCGAUUUUCCGGUCCCACCGAUUAUACCAACGUGGUACACCAUUCGUACAGCAAGCGUAGAGGGCUGGGAUGCGUUAUAUCAUGACCGGGUGCAGCAGUGGAACAAUCUAGUUGCCUUUUCUAUGUGACCUAAUAUUGCUAUUGCUAUGUUUUUCCCAUUUAUUUAAUUUUCGGAUUCUAAUUUUCGUA